AUGCAGAAAUACGUCGGUGGUGAUGAAUUAAUUUGCCCAUCCGUACCAUCUUCGGCUCUCCUCCUCUCCCUCAAUCUCUCGAAUCGCGCGCCCUCUGCAACUGCCAGACGCACCCCCGCGGAGGAGGCCAAGAAGAGGCGAGGUGCGCAGAGCAAGAAGCCAAGAAGAUGGCCGCCGUCCUCGACGGCGUCUCCUCCUGCGGCAGCAUCAACAUGUAGACCGCCGCCUCCCGCGUCUCCUGAGGAAAUUACUGCUGCACUUUCAGAGCUUUUCUGUAAUCUCCUCCCGCUCCCGCUCCCCUGCGUCGGCGAGUCGACCGCCGCCUCCCGCGUCUCGCCGGGCUCCUCCCCCGCCCGCUCCGACGCCUCCGAGGGCGCCGCCUCCUUCUACGCCGAGCCCCACCCGGAGGACGAGCCUGAGGCGUCCGCGGGGAGGAGCACGCAGAUGCUGCUCGCCAUGGCCGCCAUGGGCGGGCGCGGCGGCCCCUACGGCCGCCGCCCGGCGUCCUCCUACGGCAGCUGCGCCGCCUGGAGCGCCGGCUCCCUCACCGCUCACCGCCCGGCCUCCCCUUCGCCCAUAUGCAGCCCCGUCAGCAGCAAAGGUGGCGACGGCUGCCGGGACGGCGGAGAGCGCCGCGACGAUGGCGACACGUCCUCCUUCGUCACGUCACAGCAGGAACAAGAGCAAGGGAGGUUACCAACGAGAGAAGAUUUCAUCAAGUGUUCUGCUACGCCACGAAACAUCCGGCUACAGACUCCCAGGCACCCUUCUCUGCCGGACAGGAGAGCUAACGGAUCCAGUCGAGGGCCUCCAAAAUUCGUCCACAAGGCCACGCCAGCUAGAUUGAUGCGCCGAGCUCGCUCCUCACAUAAUUACCAUGGGAAGCGCACGGGAGCAAUUGAUGCUGUCAAUGACUGGAGAUUGCCUAAAGUAAGUGAAGAGGAAGAUGAGGCAGUGGAUCAGAAGGACUGGCAGGAUGAUGCUGUGUCAUCUCGUGUAUCCUCAGCUCGUGAUUGGAACUUCGAGUCGGAUAGUGCCUAUGAGGGAAGCAAUCAUGAUGGUCGUGCUUUUGACCAUUCAGAGGUCGAGGAUUGUGCAGCUGCAGUGCAAAGGAUGGAGAGACGGCUGCGGUGCCCUGCGAGGAAACAUGAGGAAAAUGCUGUCCACGCCAAGUUGGUUGCCUGGAAGGAUGCACAGAUUGCAAAGCUCAUAGAAAAGCUGAAUCAGAAAGAAGCCCAGAUCGAUAAAUGGCAGAAGAAUAAGGUUGCACAGGCCAGGCACAAACUGACAAAAACUGAGAAGAAGUUGGAGAAGCAGAGAGCUGAAGCCAUAGUGAAGAUGCAGAAGGCGAUAGAAGAUGCAGAGAGGAGAGCUGAUAAGAAGAGAGUCAAGAAGCAGGCAGCCACCAACAGUCGGAUAGAUGGUGUCAAGAGAGCCCUGGAGGAGAUGUCUAGGACAGGAAGGCUACCCUGGACACUUGCUUUUCUGUGAUCCAGCUCUUGCUUGUGCUAGUUCCAGACAAGCCGAUUGGCGUAACCUCCUACCAGUGCCAGCACAGCAAGACUAAAACUAACGAAAUCGACAGCAUGAAAUACUAAACAAAGGGCCAUAUACUGUAUAGAAUGGUGGUUUGCUGUCCUAGGAUGAUAGAAGAAGUUUCAGGUCAUGCAACACUUGGUCAGCAUUUGAACACAGAUUCUUAAAUGUGACAUUAGUCUCCCCAUUGGAGAAGUGGAAAA